AGCCAGCCAGCCACCCUGCUUCUCCUUCCUUAAACCCACACACCGCACCGCACGCCACGCCUGACCACCCCAGCCAACCGCCACCCUCCUCACUACCAAUUCCAAUUUCCAAAUCUCUCGCCCGGCUCGAGGAUGGCGGCGCAGGUGGUGGCAGCGGCGGGCACCGCGGUGGCCAGGCCGCUGGGCGGCGGAUCUGGGCUCGACGCGGCGCCCCGUGGCGGCGGCGUGGCGAGGAUGCCAAGGGAGAGGUGGGGCGGCGCUGUGGCCGCGAGGGGACGCCGCGACCGCGAGUCGCAGGUGGUGUCCGUCAUAAGCUGCGCCCCGCGCUCCCAGGCCGAGGUGCUGCCGGUGUCGCCCGACGACGACGCGGCCGUAAAGGAAGAAGCAAACUUCCAGCACCUUAAGGCUAUCCAGCAGCUUGCAACUGCAGCAAAUGGUGUGUGGUCUAAACCAAAUGUAAGGCGCAAGACAAAGAUCGUGUGUACAAUUGGUCCUUCAACUAACACAAGGGAGAUGAUAUGGAAACUUGCCGAGGCUGGCAUGAAUGUGGCUCGGCUUAAUAUGUCACAUGGAGACCAUGCGUCACACCAGAAAGUUAUUGAUCUGGUGAAGGAGUAUAAUGCAUCACAUGCUGACAAUGUGAUUGCUAUCAUGCUUGACACAAAGGGACCAGAAGUUCGAAGUGGAGAUUUGCCUCAACCGAUAUUUCUGGAAAGUGGGCAAGAGUUCACUUUUACAAUCAAAAGGGGAGUUGGGACUGAUACAUGUGUUAGCGUUAACUAUGAUGACUUUGUUAAUGAUGUUGAAGUUGGUGACAUGCUCCUUGUAGACGGAGGAAUGAUGUCAUUCUUGGUCAAAUCAAAAACUGAAGAUUCUGUGAAAUGUGAAGUUAUUGAUGGUGGUGAAUUGAAAUCUAGGCGCCAUCUGAAUGUUCGUGGAAAGAGUGCAACCUUGCCAUCAAUAACUGACAAGGAUUGGGACGACAUUAAGUUUGGUGUGGAUAAUCAAGUUGAUUACUAUGCUGUUUCUUUUGUGAAAGAUGCUCAAGUUGUCCAUGAACUCAAGGAUUAUCUAAGAAGUUGCAAUGCCGACAUACAUGUAAUUGUAAAAAUCGAAAGUGCGGACUCCAUCCCAAACCUACAUUCAAUCAUCACAGCAUCUGAUGGGGCUAUGGUUGCCAGGGGUGACCUUGGAGCUGAACUGCCCAUCGAGGAGGUGCCGCUGUUGCAGGAAGAAAUUAUUAGAAUGUGUAGGAGCAUGGGGAAGGCUGUUAUUGUCGCUACAAAUAUGCUGGAAAGUAUGAUUGUUCAUCCAACUCCAACCCGAGCAGAAGUUUCAGACAUUGCUAUAGCUGUCCGAGAGGGUGCUGAUGCAGUCAUGCUUUCUGGAGAAACUGCACAUGGGAAAUUUCCCUUGAAAGCUGUUAAGGUCAUGCACACUGUUGCCCUGAGAACUGAGGCAACUAUUCCUGGUGGAGAAACACCUGCAGACCUUGGUCAGGCUUUCAAGAACCACAUGAGUGAAAUGUUUGCGUACCAUGCAACAAUGAUGUCAAAUACCCUUCGAACAUCAAUAGUGGUUUUCACUAGGACAGGAUUUAUGGCUAUACUGCUUAGUCACUACCGUCCAUCUGGCACUAUUUUUGCCUUCACAGAUGAGGAGAGAGUUAGGCAACGAUUGGCUUUGUACCAAGGUGUAUGUCCAAUUCAAAUGGAAUUUUCUGAUGAUGCUGAGAAGACAUUUGGCAACGCUUUGUCUUAUUUGCUGAAACAUGGUAUGGUUAAGGAUGGUGAGGAGGUCGCACUCCUUCAAAGUGGUAAUCAGCCCAUCUGGAGAUCACAAUCAACACACAACAUUCAGGUGAGGAAGAUCUGAUGCGGAACGCACAUAGUAUUCAGAUUGUUGAGGACAUCAUUUCUUCUAGCAAACCAGAAGGUCUUGUUACAAUAAUACCGCACUGGUAGUACUGGCAUUGGUGAGAUAGAUAGUACUGAGCUAGUAUUGUGAUUCUUUUCUUAUUUGUGCACUAAUGCAGUUUUCCUUCCAUGUAAAAAGGCCAAUCAAUUUGCCACCCGGUUUUAGCUGUAGCUUGGGAACGCUGUAGGCUUCUUGUUGUAAUACAGUUCGUUCAGUUUGUCAAUGUUAUAAGGACUUUCGCCUCGACA